UGAUGAGAAGGGUUGAAAAAAUAUAACCAUGCAAGUUCACUGCAGUUAGCUAAAGAAGUAGAAAACCAAACUGGGGUGAUUGUUUCCCGUGACACAAUACAUUGUACACUGCAGAGGAAUGGCAUGCAUGGGUGUCGUCCAGGAAAGAAGCCUCUUCUAAAGCCCAUGCACAAAAAAGCCCACCUAUAAUUUUCCAGGGCUCAUGCUGAAAAAGAAGAAGACCACUGGGAGCCUGUACUCUGGAGUGAUGAGACCAAGAUAAAUGUUUUUGGAACUGAUGGCUUCAAAACUGUAUGGUGUUGCAAAGGUGAGGAGUACAAAGAGAAAUGCAUAUUGCCUACAGUGAAACAUGGUGGUGGCAGCGUCCCACUUUGGGGCUGCAUUAUGCUCUAUUUUGAAAGAGAAGAUGCUACCGUUUGUCUGUGCCAUUGGUCAUUGUGCACUUUUCCAACAUGACUAUGAUCCAAAAUACACAUCUAAGGCCACUGUUGCAUUUCUGAAGAAGAACCGGGUGAAAGUGAUUCAAAGGCCAAGCAUGUCUCCUGAUCUGAACCCAGUCCAACACCUAAGGGGAAUUCUG